CCAUUUCUCCUAUAUAAAGAACCCAAAGGUAGAGACAUAGUCCAACCAUCAAAACCUCACUAAUACUUCGUUCUAAACCCACCAAAAACCCACAUUCAUGGCGAUGCCAUUGACAAUGCUCGGGCUUUCUGUAAUCUUCCUAUCCUUUUCUCUCCUUCCUUAUCUCGCCUUAUCCAACGAUGCCCUAAAAGACUUCAAGGGAUGGUGCAGCCAAACACCAUUCCCAAAAUCUUGCGAAUAUUUCAUGGGCCAGCUGCCACCUUCUUCUCCCCCACCAAAACAAAAGUCCGAUUUCCAGAAGCUAGCUGUGCAAGUGGCACUAGACCGGGCGCUCCGUGCCGAAAACAACAACAAGUGGCUCGGCAGUAAGUGCCGCAACAAACGAGAAAAGGCAGCAUGGGCAGACUGCCUAGCCCUCUACCAGAGCACCAUACUUGAACUCAACCGCACAAUCGACCCAUCCCAGAAGUGCACCGACGUAGAUAAACAGACGUGGCUAAGCGCCGCUCUCACUAACCUCGAGACGUGCCGGACGGGUUUCGUUGAGCUGGGAGUGACUGAUUAUGUAUUGCCAUUAAUGUCAAACAAUGUAUCUGAAUUGAUCUGCAACACUCUCGCAAUUAACAAACCCCAACCUGCCGCCGAACCAAAACAUGGGGUUCCAACUUGGUUAUCGGCAGGCGACAGAAAGCUCUUGCAGGCAUCUUCAAUGAGGGCGGAUCUUGUGGUGGCACAAGAUGGGUCAGGAGAUUUUAGGACCAUUCAAGAAGCCAUUGAUGCGGCUGCAUUUAGGAGAGGAAGUGGGAGGUUUGUGAUUCGUCUGAAGGCUGGGGUUUAUAUGGAGAAUGUGGUGAUUGGAAAUAAACUGAAGAAUAUUAUGUUGGUGGGAGAUAGCAUGAGAAAUACUAUAGUCACCGGUAGUAGGAGCGUUGGAGGUGGUUCUACUACAUUCAAUUCCGCCACUGUCGCUGUCACCGGCGAAGGAUUCAUCGCCCGCGACAUAACAUUCCGCAACACAGCGGGUCCUGAGAACCAUCAGGCGGUGGCAUUACGCUCAGGUGCAGAUCUCUCCGUCUUCUACCGUUGUGGUUUUGAAGGAUAUCAGGACACCCUCUAUGUCCAUUCCAACCGCCAAUUCUACAAGGAUUGCUACAUAUAUGGCACGAUUGACUUCAUAUUCGGGAAUGCAGCUGUCGUCCUCCAGAACUGCAUGAUCUACGUGAGGCGGCCCAUGGACCGGCAAAAGAACGUUGUAACAGCCCAAGGUAGGACGGAUCCCAAUCAAAACACAGGAAUAUCGAUUCAUAAUUCAAGGGUGAUGGCUGCUCCUGACCUCAGGCCUGUACUAGGCUCGUUCCAGACGUUCCUUGGCCGACCAUGGAAGCAAUUCUCAAGAACUGUGUAUCUGAAGACCUUCCUCGAUAGCUUGGUUGAUCCAGCUGGAUGGCUGGAAUGGGAAGGUGAUUUUGCACUGGACACCUUGUACUAUGGCGAGUACAGGAACGUAGGGUCUGGAUCAUCUACGUCCAACCGAGUCAACUGGGGUGGAUACCGAGUCAUUACCAGCCGAUCUGAAGCGUCCCGAUUCACCGUCGGGAACUUUAUUGCUGGCGAUUCAUGGUUACCGUCGACCGGCGUACCGUUCCAUUCUGGCAUUUGAUUGGUUCUAGUGUGAGCCACAGGGGACACGUUUACUAAUGUGCACCACUAAGGUCGUCAAGAGUCGGCCAGUAUUAAAUGGGCUCAUUGGCGCACGUUAGUAAAACCCGUUUUGUCAAUUAUACUGCGGAGAGCCGUUUGAUUCUUUAUUUAUUUCUGUUGUUGUAAGAUCCUAUUAACUGUUAUUUCUCUCGAUCCAUGUCUUGAUAUAAAAUUCAAUGUCUGAGUCUACUUUGUAAGGAAUCCCCUCGUUUU